GGAUUCUUUUGUGUGUCCCUUUAACUUCUCCAGGAUGAUCCUCUGUAACUAUGAGCACAUCUCCUUCCUCUGGGUUCUGGUGGUUCCUCUCUACAGGCUCGUUAUCCCAAACCAGAGAGAGCAGGCUUCAUGGUGGAGGAGGCCAGGGCUGGGGAGCUCUGACUUGGGGGCUGGAGACAAUUGGGCAGUAGAAGGGACUGGGAACCCCACUUCCCGCCCCCAUGCUCCCGUUCCAGAGGCAGCUGUGUGUAUGACCUCAUCCCGCAAACAUGCUUUGUUCCUGAGAAAAUGGAAAGUGUCUGAGGUUUGGUGGGGGCUGGGUGUCCACCCCAACAGCUCUCAGGGCUCCCCAUGUCUUACUUCCCACCCAAGAGGGGGCCUGACUGGGGAGAAAAGGUCCCCAGUGGCUCCUGCUCUCUCACCCUUCACUCCCCUCAACAUCAAACUCUAAAAACUCAGAAAAGGUGGGGAGAGGCUGCUUCUCCAAGGCAGGGGAUGGGGCUCAUGGUGGGGUGUGUGGGCAAAGAUCCUGGGGCUCUAUAGACACUGCAGGGAGGGGGUGCCUGCAGGAGGUGGCCAGGGACACACUGCUCUCUCAGUCUGUCUCCAGUUCUCUGUCUCCGAAGGCAUCACAUUUUCCCUUUUCUGCCUGUUGCUGGCAAAACCUGACAUCUGGCCCUCUCUGCUGCCACAGCUGCUGCAGAUGUUGCAGCCAAGGCUGUCCAGGAUGGUGUGACCAGAGACGACAGCAGGAGUGAAGGGGGGUGAGGGCAGAGGGUCCAGCUAGGGGAAGCCUGACAGUGUCCAGCUUGCGGAUUUCCUUCCACUGAAACCUAGGCUGAGCCUCUCCAGUUUUUGUUGCUUGGCUGAUUCUCCUGGGAGGAGAAACCGAUCUCACACCCAGCCUCCACUAGUCGUCUGUCCAGUGUCCCUCUAGCAUUCCACUGUUUCUGGAUCAGAAGCGGGGCCUGAACAGCCCAUUCUCUAAGCUCCCCAGUUUCAGCACUGUAGGUAAAGGAUCCUUUAUUUCUAUUCCUAGGGUCCCUUCCUGGGAGUCAGAAGGUGAGAGAGCCGUCUAUGUGAGGUAGAGGGAGUGGCUCCCUGCUCCCACUCCUGCCCUGGAGGCACUAAGGACACUGGAGCAGGAAGUGGGAGGCUGGGGCAGGAAGUGAGUCACUGACCCAGGAAAAGCCCCUUCCCCCCAGAUCUGCUAGGGCCUAAAUAAGAAAACAACGUCUGCUUCCUGAUUUUUUCCUGACCCCCUUCCUACCCUUACAGACAGAUGCAGAAAUAAAUACACAAGACGCCUGGAUUGCCUGAAGCACCCCUUCCCCAUCCCCACCUGCUCUGAUCUGGGCUCCUUCUCGUUGCCACCAUGAGUGAGGCAUUUGACUGUUCAAAAUGCAGUGAGUCCCUGUAUGGCCGCAAGUACAUCCAGACAGACAGUGGCCCCUACUGUGUGCCCUGCUAUGACAACACCUUCGCUAACACCUGUGCUGAGUGCCAGCAGCUUAUUGGGCACGACUCGAGGGAGCUCUUCUAUGAGGAUCGCCACUUCCACGAGGGCUGCUUCCGCUGCUGCCGCUGCCAGCGCUCCCUAGCCGAUGAACCCUUCACCUGCCAGGACAAUGAGCUGCUCUGCAAUGACUGCUACUGCAGUGCCUUCUCUUCACAGUGCUCUGCCUGUGGGGAAACCGUCAUGCCCGGGUCCCGGAAACUAGAAUAUGGAGGCCAGACAUGGCAUGAGCAAUGCUUCCUGUGCAGUGGCUGUGAGCAGCCGCUGGGCUCCCGCUCCUUUGUGCCCGACAAAGAUGCUCACUACUGCGUGCCCUGCUAUGAGAACAAGUUUGCUCCUCGCUGUGCCCGCUGCAGCAAGACGCUGACCCAGGGUGGAGUGACGUACCGUGAUCAGCCCUGGCAUCGAGAAUGCUUGGUCUGCACUGGGUGCCAGACACCCCUGGCAGGACAGCAAUUCACCUCUCGGGAUGAUGAUCCCUAUUGUGUGGCCUGUUUUGGAGAACUCUUUGCACCUAAGUGCAGCAGCUGCAAGUGCCCCAUCACAGGACUUGGUGGAGGCAAGUACGUGUCCUUUGAAGACCGGCACUGGCACCACAGCUGCUUCUCCUGUGCACGCUGCUCCACCUCCCUGGUGGGCCAAGGCUUUGUGCCGGAUGGAGACCAAGUGUUAUGCCAGGGCUGCAGCCAGGCAACGCCCUGAGUCGGGGCUCCUGGCCUGGGCAUUCUUAAUCCAGGACUCCAGGACUAUGGCUCCUUUUCUGAACCACCUCUGUAACACAGCCCCUCCCCAGAAUGGGGCUCUCCUAGGCUCCAGGAUUCAGACUCCUUACUCCAACAUACCCCAACUGGUACUCCCUCACUCAAGGCCCUAAACCUGGGCUCUUAAAAAAGCAUCCAUGAUUCAGGCCCCCACUCCAAGUCUGGACUGUAAAACAUAGCCCGCAUCCCUGCAGUGUGGAUUCCUAUGCCAAGCCUCCUUUUCCAGUCAGGAUCUAGACCCCAGCCCUCCAAACUUGGACUCUGGGACCUAGGCUCUCCUAAAUCUAGAUCUCUCUGCAUAGAUUAUUUUAGGUCUCCUAUGGGUGCCUGAGAAGUCCUCAAACAUAGUACUCAGGCUUGGCUCCACCCCUAGCCUCAGGGCUGGGGCUAUUUGAGCAGCAGAUCAGAGUCUCACUGGUGAAAGGGUCCUGAGGUACAGUAUGCUGCCUAGUUCUAGGUCAUCAAGCAUCUUCUCAUCGUAUUUCAGCGGCAUUUCGCUCAGAAAUGUGCAGAGGGGGCGUGGCUCACUCCCCCCUUCCAGAUUCUGCAAUAAAGCAGUAUAAGGAA